AUUGACAUUGACAUUUAUAAAAAUAAAAAACCUCAAUACAAUCAAAAUAAAAUUAGAUUCAAUUCAAACUCUUAAACUCAUGAUCGAAAAACAUUAUCCGGUUAUUUCAUGGCAUAAAUUUAAUAUCGUCAUACCUAUCAUAUUAACAAUGGCUUGGAGAAGUCACGGAGUAAAUAAUGCUGAUUUGGUGCGAAACCUUCGAGCUAAUGGUAUCAUCAAAUCGGAUGCUGUUGCCAAUGCCAUGAAUUCAGUGGACCGUAAAAAUUAUUGCCCUUAUGCUCCGUAUCAUGAUUCUCCCCAGACGAUUGGAUAUUCAGCAACUAUUAGUGCCCCACAUAUGCAUGCUCAUGCCUUAGAAAGGUUAAAGAUGCAACUUAUUCCUGGAGAAAAUGCAUUAGAUGUUGGUUCUGGAUCAGGUUAUUUAACAGCUUGCAUGGCUAUUAUGGUGGGAGAGACUGGCAAAGUUAUUGGUAUAGAGCACAUUCCGGAGCUGGUAUCCUUGGCCACAAAGAAUAUAAAGAAAGAUAAUCCUGGCUUACUGUCUUCUGAGAGAAUUAAACUGAUUGCUGGAGAUGGUCGCUUGGGGUAUUCAGAAGGAGCACCUUACAAUGCAAUUCAUGUUGGCGCUGCUGCACCUACUUUGCCACAAGCUCUUGUUGAUCAGCUGAAACCUGGUGGGAGACUCAUAGUGCCCGUGGGGCCUGAAGGUGGAGAGCAACAUCUCACUCAGGUUGACAAGGCUGCUGAUGGGUCUACAUCUGUGAAGAAACUCAUGAGUGUAAUCUAUGUGCCGUUGACUGACAAAGAGCAUCAAUACCGUAUGUGGCGUUAAUUUCAUUAUUUUUAUUUAAAUGAUAUCAAGCCAAAUAUGAUGUAUAUAUUAGAUGAUAUGGCUAAGACCGAAGGCGGGAAAUUAAAAUUAUUGUGAUCAUGUACAGGAAUUUUAAAAAAUUAUUUCUGCUUUUAAAUUGCGCCCUAGCGCUCAAUGUACAGAUGACAUUUUUUCUUUUGCCUGUAUUUUAGUAAUGUUUACCAGGGAUGAUAUUAAAACAAUUACUGUAAAAAUAUAUUUAUUGCAUUUUCUUUUCACUUUAUGUACCUAAUGUUAUAAAAUUAAUAAAUAAGCUUAUAAC